AUGCAUCGCUCGGCCCUGUACCGAGCAAUCUGGGACGCUGCCGGGGCGCUUUUGGGCGUGCGGGCGCGCGGUGAGGGCCGGCAGCCGGUGCGGGGGACGAGGGACGCCGGCGGCAGGACGCGGCUGCCCCGGGGCCCCGCAGCCCUCACCCGCCGCGUGUGCCGGGGCCCGGGAGGCGGCCGGCGGCGGGCAGAAGGACGGCGUGUCCUGCGGCGGCGGGGGGACGUGCCGGCGGGGACGCGGGGGAGCAGCGAGGCGGGGAGGGGACGGCGGGUGCGCUGCCGGUGCGUGUCGCUGGGGCGAGCUGCGGGCGCCGGCCACGGCCAGGCCUGCGGGGGCCGGCGGGAUGGGGCAAGCGCCGGGGACCCCCGCACGCCGUCACCCACGCUAGGGGCUCCCUCCCGCGACGUCCUCCUGGUCUCAGCCAUCAUCACCGUCAGCCUUAGCGUCACCAUCGUCCUCUGCGGGAUCUGCCAGUGGUGCCAGCGCAAACUGGGAAAGCGUUACAAGACUUCCCUGGAGACUGUGGGGACUCCAGACUCCAGCCGAGGCCGCAGUGAAAAGAAAACCAUCAACGAUCUAGACAGAGACUUUUGGAAUAACAAUGACAACACAGUGCAGCAGAAAUGGAGCUCCUACCCUCCCAAGGAGUUUAUACUAAACAUUUCACCUUACGCCCCGUACGGUGACCCGCGCCUUUCCCUCAAUGGCUCUCUGUUAUCAGGGGCCAAGCUGACGGCGUCGGCCGCCGCGGGUCUGGCCGGGGAUCGCGACGGCCGCGCCGGGGAGAAGCAGCGGCUCGGCGAGGACGGCAUGAGGAGCAGCGUCUCUGCCCACAGCGAGCCCGGCGCGGGGAAAGCGGCUCGAGGCCGCUGGCACACGGUGCAGAGCCACUUGGCAGCAGGGAAGCUCAGCCUGUCCAAUUUCGAGGACUCCACCUUGUCCACAGCCACUACCCUUGAGUAUAUCCCCACCUCAGCAGGCGACCCCAAAUGCCAGAGGCCCCGCACGCUCAUGCGCCAGCAAAGCCUUCAGCAGCCCCUCAGCCAGCACCAGCGCGCCAACCACGGCCAGCCCACCACCAGCCAGAGCCUGGGCCAGCUGCAGGCCCACAGCGGCUCGUCCGCCGGCGCCGCCAACCCCCGGGGCCCCCGCGGCAGCCAGGCGCGCCCGGGCAUCGCCGCCGCCUCCAAGCACCCGACGGUCGGCGGCCGCAGCCGCUCCAACCCCGGCAGCUGGGACCACGUGGUGGGGCAAAUCCGCAACCGCGGCUUGGACAUGAAGUCCUUCCUGGAAGGCCGGAUGGUGGUGUUAUCCCUGGUUUUGGGACUCUCAGAACAAGAUGACUUUGCCAAUAUCCCCGACCUGCAACCCGCUGGGACGCAGCAGCCGAACCAGCCGAACGCUCAGGGGGACAAGAGGUUGCCGGCCGCUGGCAAAGCGGCGAACGCGGCACCGGCAGCCGGGCAGCAGCCGCCGCACGACGAGUCCGACCGCAAGACGGAGCCGCGCUCCUCUGUGUCUGACCUGGUCAACUCCCUGACCAGUGAGAUGCUCAUGCUCUCCCCAGGCUCUGAGGACGACGAGGGCCACGAGGGCAUCAGUCGGGAGAACCUGGGUCGCAUCCAGUUCAGCGUCGGCUACAACUUCCAGGAGUCCACCCUGACCGUCAAGAUCAUGAAGGCUCAGGAGCUGCCAGCCAAGGACUUCAGCGGCACCAGCGACCCCUUUGUCAAGAUCUACCUGCUCCCAGACAAGAAGCACAAGCUGGAGACCAAGGUGAAGAGGAAGAACCUCAACCCACACUGGAACGAGACCUUCCUCUUCGAAGGCUUCCCCUACGAGAAGGUGGUGCAGAGGGUGCUGUACCUCCAGGUCCUGGACUACGACCGCUUCAGCCGCAACGACCCCAUCGGGGAGGUGUCCAUCCCCCUCAACAAGGUGGAUCUCACCCAGAUGCAGACCUUCUGGAAGGACCUGAAGCCCUGCAGCGAUGGCAGCGGAAGCCGUGGGGAGCUGCUGCUGUCGCUGUGCUACAACCCCUCAGCCAACUCCAUCGUGGUGAACAUCAUCAAAGCUCGGAACCUCAAAGCCAUGGACAUCGGGGGCACAUCAGAUCCCUAUGUCAAGGUGUGGCUGAUGUACAAGGACAAGAGGGUGGAGAAGAAGAAGACGGUGGUGAUGAAGCGGUGCCUGAACCCCGUCUUCAACGAGUCCUUCGCCUUCGACAUCCCGACGGAGCGGCUGCGCGAGACCACCAUCGUCAUCACCGUCAUGGACAAGGACAGGCUGAGCCGCAACGAUGUCAUCGGCAAGAUCUACCUGUCGUGGAAGAGUGGCCCCGGGGAGGUGAAGCACUGGAAGGACAUGAUUGCCCGGCCCCGGCAGGCCGUGGCUCAGUGGCACCAGCUGAAGGCCUGAGCACCCCAGGACUGUGGGGCUGGGGGCUGGGGGGGUCCCCGGUUCCCAACCCCCCGGCCCCUCCCCACGGGGCUCCUGGGGAGGAGCCGAGGGAGCAGU